CUGUGUGUGUGAAAGUGUGGCGGAUUCAUCCCCCAUAUCCAUUGAUUGACAGGACACAAUCAUGCAUGAAUGAAACGUAGUCGUGGUCUGUGCGUCAGCGUCUCUCCGUUGACUCCGCUCGCUCCCACUUCCUUGUUGAAACGCUUCCAAACAAUUCACGCUUCAAAGACACUUUUGUUGACUUUGACAGCGGCCGAUCGAUGUUAAAGGAUUUCAAAAACAAGCCGCUGGAGGCUAAACACACGAGCUGAGUGAUGACGCGCACACGAAGGCGUGUCUCUGUGGCUCUACCACUCUUUAUUCAUCACGCUGAGUGCCAAACUGCGCACGACACUCGUGGCGUGUUCAUAAUAAGAGAGAAAUAAUACACACAGCAAACAAAACAUGCAUUGACAAAAGAUUUCGCUCCACCGUGCUCACCCUACGUCAUGACUGACAACCAGCAACCAGUGAAUGUGUUCAAUUCACUCUUAUCAUUCUAUUAAUAUCAUUCUUACAUUGACAUUAUAUUCAUAUAAUACAUUCAAGUCCACAAACAUAGAUGUAGAACUCUCGCGCUGCCUCUUUAUUUCCCGCUCGACUCAUUUCCUGUAAGAGAAAGUGAAAGUAACUAUUCUGUAACUUUGCUUCAGUCGCCAUUUGAACUGCGCAGCACGAGGACAGACUGUUUUCUCUCGUGUGAUCACUGGACUGAACACAGAUCCACAUCAGACGUCGUCCAGGAAACAUGAAGGAGAUUUUCCACUCAAACUGAGAGAAUGACUGAAGUCCAGCAGAUGAGUGGUUGUGUGGAGGAAGACGAGGACAGAGCAGAGUCUCCAGGACCCAGCGGUCUGUCUGUGAAGAGUGACCAGUCUAUGGAAACACCUUUAACCUUCAGUCAUGAACCUGGAGCCUCAGAGACAAACAGGUGGCGCUCUGCUAUGAAUCAGAUCAAGGACAGUGAAGAGGAAGCUCCGCCCUCUAAAACCACUCUGUGUGAGGAACAUGAGGGUCAGAGGAGGAUCCAUCAACAGAGACCAGACUCUGCCGGACCUGGACCUGGACCCAGCUGUGUGUCCAUGAAGAGUGACCGGUCCAUGGAUGAACCUGUGACCUUCAAACAAGAACAGAGCUGUUGUUUGGGAGCUUCAGCUUGUCGACGUGAACUCAAAUCAAACCUGAAGAAGAAGUUCCAGUGUUUGUUUGAGGGCGUGGCUAAAGCAGGAAACCCCACCCUUCUGAAUGAGAUCUUCACAGAGCUCUACAUCACAGAGGGAGGGACUGGAGAGGUCAAUGAAGAACAUGAGGUCAGACAGAUUGAAAGAGCUUCCUGGAAACCAGACAGACCAGAAACAUCCAUCAGACAAGAAGACAUCUUUAAAGCCUCAGCUGGAAGAGACGGACCAAUCAGAAGAGUGAUGACAAAGGGCGUGGCUGGCAUUGGGAAAACAGUGUUAACACAGAAGUUCACUCUGGACUGGGCUGAAGACAAAAGCAACCAGGACGUACAGUUCAUGUUUCCCUUCACCUUCAGAGAGCUAAAUGUGCUGAAAGAGAAGAAGUUCAGUUUGGUGGAACUCAUCCAUCACUUCUUCACUGAAACCAAAGAAGCAGGAAUCUGCAGGUUUGAAGACUUUAAGGUGGUCUUCAUCUUUGAUGGUCUGGACGAGUGUCGACUUCCUCUGGACUUCCACAACACUGAGAUCCUGACUGACGUCACAGCGUCCACCUCAGUGUACGUGCUGUUGACAAACCUCAUCAAGGGUAAACUGCUUCCCUCUGCUCUCCUCUGGAUAACCACACGACCUGCAGCAGCCAAUCAGAUCCCUCCUGACUGUGUGGACAUGGUGACAGAGGUCAGAGGGUUCACGAACCCACAGAAGGAGGACUACUUCAAGAAGAGGUUCAGAGAUGAGGAGCAGGCCAGGAGGAUCAUCUCCCACAUCCAGACAUCACGAAGCCUCCACAUCAUGUGCCACAUCCCAGUCUUCUGCUGGAUCACUGCAACAGUUCUGGAGAACAUGCUGAAAACCAGAGAUGGAGGAGAGCUGCCCAAGACCCUGACUGAGAUGUACAUCCACUUCCUGGUGGUUCAGUCCAAAGUGAAGAAGGUCAAAUAUGAGGGAGGAGCUGAGACAGAUGCACACUGGACUCCAGAGAACAGGAAGAUGAUUGAGUCUCUGGGGAAACUGGCUUUUGAGCAGCUGCUGAAAGGAAACCUGAUCUUCUAUGAAUCAGACCUGACAAAGUGUGGCAUCGAUAUCAAAGCAGCUUCAGUUUACUCAGGAGUCUUCACUCAGAUCUUUAAAGAGGAGAGAGGCCUGUACCAGGACAAGGUCUUCUGCUUUGUCCAUCUGAGUGUUCAGGAGUUUCUGGCUGCUCUUCAUGUUCAUCUGACCUUCAUCACCUCUGAAACAAAUCUAUUGUCAGAACCAACAACGAGCCAGUUGACCAGACCGUUUAGAAACAAACCUGAACUGAAUCAUCUGCACCAGAGUGCUGUGGACGAGGCCUUACUGAGUCCAAAUGGACACCUGGAUUUGUCCCUCCGCUUCCUCCUGGGUCUUUCACUGGAGACCAAUCAGAAGCUCUUAAGAGGUCUACUGACACAAACAGGAAGUGGUUCACAGACCAAUCAGGAAACAGUUGAGUACAUCAAGAAGAAGAUCAGUGAGAAUCUGUCAGCAGAGAGAAGCAUCAACCUGUUCCACUGUCUGAAUGAACUGAACCAUCGUGCUCUUGUGGAGGAGAUCCAAGAGUCACUCACAUCAGGACGCCUGUCCACAGAGACACUGUCUCCUGCUCAGUGGUCAGCUCUGGUCUUCAUCUUACUGUCAUCAGGAAAAGAUCUGGAAGAGUUUGACCUGAAGAAAUACUCUGCUUCAGAGGAGGCUCUUCUGAAGCUGCUGCCGGUGGUCAAAGCCUCCAACAAAGCUCUACUGAGUGGCUGUAACCUCUCAGAGAGAAGUUGUGAAGCUCUGUCCUCAGUCCUCAGCUCUGUGUCCUCUCGUCUGAGACACGUGGACCUGAGUAACAACGACCUGCAGGAUCCAGGAGUGAAGCUGCUGUGUGAUGGACUGAAGAGUCCUCACUGUUCUCUGGAGACUCUCAGUCUGUCAGGUUGUCUGGUCUCAGAGGAAGGAUGUUCUUCUCUGACCUCAGCUCUGAACUCCAACCCCUCCCAUCUGAGAGAACUGGACCUGAGCUUCAAUCAUCCAGGAGACUCAGGAGAGAAGCUGCUGUCUGCUGGACUGAAGAGUCCUCACUGGAGACUGGACACUCUCAGGAUGGACCAUGCUGGAGAGCAGAGGUUAAAACCUGGUCUCAGGAAGUAUUCAUGUGAACUGGAACUGGACACAAACACAAUGAACAGAGAACUCAAACUGUCUGACGACAACAGGAAAGUGACCCGUGUGACAGAAGAUCAGUCGUAUCCUGAUCAUCCAGACAGAUUUGAGUUCUUUCCUCAGCUGCUGUGUAGACCUGGUCUGACUGGUUGCUGUUACUGGGAGGUCGAGUGGAGAGGAAGAGUUUAUAUAUCACUGAGUUACAGAGGAAUCAAGAGGAAAGGCAUCGGUUCUGACUGUUUGUUUGGACAUAAUGAUCAGUCCUGGAGUCUGUUCUGCUCUGAUGAUCAUAGUUACUCUGUCCGUCACUGUGGGACACAAACACCCAUCAUGUCCUCUGUCUCUCACAGAGUAUCAGUGCAUGUGGACUGUCCUGCUGGGAUUCUGUCCUUCUACAGCGUCUCCUCUGACUCACUGAUCCACCUCCACACAUUCAGGACCACGUUCACUGAACCGGUUAAUCCUGGGUUCCUGGUCUGGCCUGGUUCCUCAGUGUCUCUGUGUCCUCUGUAGGACAUGAAGAGACAGCAGCUUCAGUGGUGGACGAGGUCAAAGCUCAAAUAAUAUAAAAUAAAAUUCAAGGUUUUCAAUCAAAUAGAAAACAAAGUAAAUAAAGAUGGUAAGAGUUUGACUCUUUUUCUGAAGAACAUCAUCUUCUCAUGGAGCCUUUCUGUCCCAGCAUGCACUGCUUCUCCUCCUCCUCCUCUUCAUGCUGCCUGACAACAGCGCCCCCUGCUGCAUGUGAGCAGAACAACACUCAGAGUUACGCACACACACACACAUGAACCUCAGCGGAGAAGGGGAAGGGAAAAUGAAACACACAUGAGCAGAUUAUGCCAUGAAUGAGGAAGUGUGGUUUCUGCUGUGAUGCAGGUGGUUUCUGUGUCUGUGGCUUAAUGAAGAAUGACAUUUUCAACAUCAAUAAAAACCACAUCAUAUCACUUUAAUCUACUUUGUUGUGUUGAUGACGAGGUACUGACACCUAAUACAAUCUAUGUCAGAUUAAGUCUACGCUCUUUUAGGUCAUAGAUUAACAGCUCCAUCCACUCACUCUCCCACACCAAAGCCCAUAGAGAA